AUGCCGUUCAAAAAAAGUAAGAAACCUACAGGGAAAGUGUUCCCCGUACGUGUCACAACUAUGGAUGCCGAAUUGGAGUUUGAUCUCGAUUUAAAAGCCACCGGAAGAGAUCUUUUCGAUCUAGUUAGUCGGACUAUUGGUCUUCGUGAGGUUUGGUAUUUUGGACUACAGUACGUAGACUCGGAAGGUUUUGUAGCAUGGUUGAAGCUGGAUAAAAAAGUUCGAGAUCAGGAUAUUUGUAAAAAGAUGCCAGUACCUUUUUUAUUCCUUGCUAAAUUCUAUCCCGAAGACAUGGCCGAAGAAUUAGUUCAAGAAAUAACACAACACCUUUUUUUCCUGCAAGUUAAACAAGCUGUUCUUAACAUGGACAUUUACUGCCCUCCCGAAGCCUCUGUUUUGUUAGCUUCUUAUGCUGUACAGGCUAAAUAUGGAGAUUAUGAUGAAGCUACCUACAAACCUGGCAUGUUAGCAAAUGAAGAUCUGUUACCUCAAAGGGUUGUUGACCAAUACCAAAUGACGCCUGAGAUGUGGGAAGAAAGAAUAAAAAUUUGGUAUGCUGAUCAUCGAGGCAUGACAUGUGAUGAAGCAGAAAUGGAAUAUUUAAAAAUUGCUCAAGAUUUGGACAUGUAUGGAGUGAAUUAUUUUUCAAUCUGUAACAAGAAAGAGAGUGAGUUAUGGCUCGGUGUCACUGCUCUUGGUCUCAACAUUUACGAGAGCAGUAAUAAGCUAUCUCCAAAGAUAACCUUUCCCUGGAGUGAAAUUAGAAAUAUAUCUUUUGAUAGUAAAAAAUUUACCAUAAAGCUUGUUGAUAGAAAUACUCCGUCCUUUCAGUUUUACUCAUCAAAAAUUCGAAUGAAUAAAUUGAUAUUAGAUCUGUGUAUUGGAAAUCACGAUCUUUUCAUGCGACGUCGAAAACCGGAUUCUAUGGAAAUUCAACAAAUGAAAGCCCAAGCCAAAGGAGAAAAAGUGCGCCGACAAAUUGAACGCAAUAAACUUGCCAGGGAGAAACAGUUGCGAGAAGUGAUUGAAAGAGAGAAAGCAGAACUUCAGCAACGAAUGGUGCAAUAUCAAGAGGAAGCUAGAGUUGCUUUAGAAGCUUUAUGUCGUUCAGAAGAAACAGCUGAGCUUUUAUCAGAAAAAGCUCGGAUAGCUGAAGAAGAAGCAAUGCUGCUUACGCAAAAAGCAUCUGAUGCUGAAGCUGAAAUUCAACGAGUCAGAAUUAGUGCCAUAAAAACUGAAGAAGAAAAGAGAUUAAUGGAGAGAAAAGCUCAUGCGGCUGAACUUCUAGCAAACACGAUGAUACAGGAAUCUGAACGUAGAGCUAAGGAAGCUGAAAGGUUAAAAGAAGAACUUUUAAAAGCACAAAUGUCAGAAAAAGAUGCCAAAGAAAAACUGCAUGAAAUAUUUAAAAAUAGUUAUUCUAAACCGUUUUUAACGAAUUCGUCUGUAGAUGUUCUAAGUGUUGUGCCGAGACAGUAUAAUGAACGAGAUGCAGAACAUGUUCUUUCAUGUAGUUCUAUGACAUAUGAUCUAAUUGCAGAUCAAGAAAUAGAUAAGUUGACUCUUGAAAUGGAGAAAGAGAGGGUGGAAUACUUGGAAAAAAGCAAACAUUUGCAAGAACAAUUGUUAGAAUUAAAAACAGAAAUUGAGGUUUUAAAAGUUGAAGAUAACGUAACUUCUCUCGAUCAAAUAUAUGAAGAUAAUGCUGGUCGAGGUGAAAAUAAAUACUCCACUCUGAGACAAACAAAAUCCGGUUCCACUAAAACUCGUGUAGCUUUUUUUGAAGGAUUAUAAGAAAAAUUGUUUCAAAUUAGAUCGGUUUUUUUUUUACAUUGAUUUUUAAAUUCAAAGAAGAUUAUCU